GGUGGUCAUUAACAGUGAAGAGGGGAAGGCCUUCCUCAAUCUAUUUGUUUUUUCUUUCCUCGCACUCUCACUCGUACUUAACAUCGCCAUUAUCGUAUUUAACCUGUGUCGGCGGACAGCUGGCUGUUUUUCUAAGCUUUUUAGUGUCGAGUGAGACACCGGGACGCCCCCUCUUUUCGUUCGUCGGUCGUAACGUCCGAACGUCCAGCUGAUUGCUUCGAGUGCCGUUCAAUUAUUCCAGUUUAAACUGAGCCGUUUUGUUUGACUUAACGGAUGUUUUUUUGAGGCCGAAAAGGGCCGAGUUCGCCACCUUUUUCUCGCCGACUCGUGGACUUUAAAAGAAAGAAGACGUUUAUCUUUUUGUCUAACUUGAGCGUGGAUCGGUUUUCUUAUUAAACGACCAGGCCCCGGACUCAUCCCCAACCUCGCGUUUCCUUAUCGGUUUUUUUGUGUGUUGGAAGUCAUGGGAGACACCAGUGAACGAAGCAAACCUCCGAGUCUACCUCCCCGAUGUCCCUGUGGAUUUUGGGGUCUCUCCCCUGUCCCCCUCAGGUCCAGUGAAACCAUGAAUCUCUGCUCCAAAUGUUUUGCCGACAUCCAGAAGAAGCAGCCGGGCGAGGACUGCACCUCCAAGCCUAUCCAAAGCACUGGGAGUAGCCAAUCGCCAGUUUUCAGUAGUGAGACGAGCAGUAGCAGUAGCCAAUCCCUCUUGUCGUCGCCGGCCUCUAGCUCCGAGCAGCCGUCAGCCGAAGAGCCCUCGCCCACGUUUCCCAGCACGAGGGAAGGCACGUCGUCCACAGAAACAGCCCAAGGCACACUCUGCACACCCACAAAACGUCCACGAGAAUCAGCGUCGGGCUCGGAGAGCGAGGCGACGCCGGAGAAGCGGCCACGGACAGACGAGAAGGAGGGGAGCGGCGAGGAGGCCCGCGGGACGCCCAAGCAGAAGAACCGUCGGCGCUGCUUUCGCUGCCAAACCAAACUAGAGCUGGUGCAGCAGGAACUGGGCUCCUGCCGCUGUGGCUACGUGUUCUGCAUGCUCCACCGUCUCCCCGAGCAGCACGACUGUCUGUUCGACCAUCUGGGCCGCGGGCGCGAGGAGGCCGUCCUCAAGAUGGUGAAGCUGGACCGCAAGGUGGGCCGCUCGUGCCAACGCAUCGGGGAGGAGUGCUCCUGAUUGGCCGCGCACCGUGACCGGCCAGCCAGUUGGAGAUGAGGCG